GACAAAGACACUUCCUGUUUGUUUAGUGCUGCAAGAUGAUGCUACUCUGUUGGUCUCUCCUGUCACUCUGUCUAUCUGCCAGUGAAGGGAUCACUGCAGUGUGGCAAAAGUCUGGCGAGAACAUGAUCUUGGAGUGUUCCUUCACAAAAUGUCACAGAAGCAAUAACAAGAUCACAGGGAUGUAUCUGUAUCAUAAUUUAGUGGAGAAGAAAGAGGUGCUUUACUAUUACCAUGAAUCUGAGGAAAUCAUCCCACGCAAGGGAUACUCAGGGAGGGUUGAGAAGAAAGGAUUUCUGGAGAACAACACUGUCACCAUCCGCAAUCUGACCGUGGAUGACUCUGGUGUCUACACAUGUGUCUAUGAUGAAGUUACAUGCAGUGUCUACAUACUUGUUGUAUCAGAUCUUUUGCAUGAAGAAAGUCCAGAAAGAGAGAACAAUCUGGGUCUGGUGUUAGUCAUCUUCGCCAUCUGUUCCAUCACCAUAAUAGCAACCAUGAUUUUCAUCCUGCUGAUCAUCCCAAGGGUGAAACAAUGGAGCAGCAGAAGAAAAGCAAGAAAUGACCCACAGGGCUCCAGUGAUUACGUGUAUGAAGUUAUGACCAAGAAUGGCCUCCGCCCUGUGGCAGCUCCAGAGCAGUUGUCGCCAAGCCUGAAUGAUUAUGAUUAGAAAACAAAGAUCACUUACUAAUGUUUUGAUGACCAUCUUCUUCAUAUUUUCUCUGGAUUCAAAUUUUCAAAUGAUUUCAAUCAACUUACAUGAGACAAAAUGUAAAUUUAAUAUAUGUAAGUACUUGUGGUCACAAACUAUGCACUUAUCAAGUGCAAUAGGGGCAAGUGGGUGUAGUGCAGAGUGCAGAGUGCUCACAUAACGGACUGAUACAAAUUCAUACAUUCAUAAUUGAGUUAAUUAGGCACAAAUAUGAAAAAUGGUAAUUCAUCAUCAUCAAUCAUUAGUAAUAUGUGUUUGUUUAUUGUGAUUAUGCUUGUUUGUGAUAGCUUUUUUUGGCUUAUAUUUCUUAUUAUUAUUUUUAUGGCUACUGAUGUCAUAUUUCUUUUCAUAAAGCAGAUUGUAAGAUAUGUAAGAAGUUCUGCUAUAACAGCAAAGAGAGUUUUGAGCAUGGAUGAGGGUCUACAAGCUAAUGCAGAAUAAUCAAUAAAAACGAAAAACUGAUCAAAAUAUAAUUUCACUUAAACCUUAUAUCAAAACCAGAACUGUAUUUCUGUUAAAUAUCACUGCUUGUAAAAAGCUUGUUUGUCAGUUAUGGGCAGGAAGUGGGGACUGAAAUAAACCACAGGACUUACAAGAAAAGCAUCACACACUGUUUUUUUAUUAUACACUUUAUGAUAUUCAGUCGUUUAAAAGUUUGUUGAAUUGCAGCAAUGCAAUUUGUUGAAUUGCAGCGUUUGCAAUUCAACAAGUUGCAUUGCAUUUUUUUUUUUUUAAGUA